GCUCACUUCUCCGGCAGGUUUGCCUGGGAGCGUGUGAACAUUCCUCUGCUCGACUUGCAACUCGCCUCCAACCUGCGCCGAUCGGCCAGCAUGCCUCCCCGCCCGUGAAGCGGGGCCGCCGCUGCCCUGCCGCUCCGGCCGCCGCCGCCCCUCCGCGCCGCUCUUAACCCGCCCUCCCUGCCACCUGGCCCUCCUGAUCGACGACACACGCACUUGAAACUUGUUCUCAGGGUGUGUGGAAUCAACUUUCCGGAAGCAACCAGCCCACCAGAGGAGGUCCCGAGAGCGAGAGGAUACGAUGCUGCGGAGGCUGGUUCAGCAGUGGAGCGUCGCGGUGUUCCUGCUGAGCUACUCGGUGCCCUCCUGCGGGCGCUCGGUGGAGGAGCUCGGCCGCCGGCUCAAAAGAGCUGUGUCUGAACAUCAGCUCCUCCAUGACAAGGGAAAGUCCAUCCAAGAUUUACGGCGACGAUUCUUCCUUCACCACCUGAUCGCAGAAAUCCACACAGCUGAAAUCAGAGCUACCUCGGAGGUUUCCCCCAACUCCAAGCCUGCUCCCAACACAAAGAACCACCCUGCCCGAUUUGGGUCUGACGAUGAGGGCAGAUACCUAACUCAGGAAACCAACAAGUUGGAGACGUUCAAAGAGCAGCCCCCGAAGACGCCUGGCAAGAAAAAGAAAGGCAAGCCUGGGAAGCGCAAGGAGCAGGACAAGAAGAAACGGCGGACUCGAUCGGCCUGGCUGAACUCUGGAGUGACUGGGAGUGGGCUGGAAGGGGACCACCUGUCUGGCAUCUCCACGCCAUCGCUGGAGCUCAGUUUACGGAGCCAUUGAAAUUUUCAGCAGAGACCUUCAGAGGACAUAUUGCAGAAUUCUGUAAUAGUGAACACAUGGAGAGUAUUAGAAAUAUUUAUUGUCUGUAAAUAUUGUAAAUGCAUUGGAAUAAAACUCUCUCCCCCAUUGCUCUAUGAAACUGCACAUUCGUCAUUGUGAAUAUAUUUUUUUUUUGCCAAAGCUAAUCCAAUUAUUAUUAUCACAUUUACCAUAAUUUAUUUUGUCAACUGAUGUAUUUAUUUUGUAAAUGUAUCUUGGUGCUGCUGAAUUUCUAUAUUUUUUGUAACAUAAUGCACUUUAGAUAUACAUAUCAAGUAUGUUGAUAAAUGACACAAUAAAGUGUCUCUAUUUUGUGGUUAAUUUUAAUGAAUGCCUAAAUAUAAUUAUCCAAACUGAUUUUCCUCUGUGCAUGUAAAAAUAGCAGUAUUUUAAAAUGGUAAAGAAUGUCUAAUAAAAUAUAAUCUAAAUUACAUCCGCA